CCGCUUGGUCCUGACCACCAUCCUCUCUUUCCGACAUGUCCUCUCCGAAACGGACAGCAUCUCCAGCACCCAAUCCCUCAGAGACUAAGCGCAUACGACUUACGGUGAACCAGGGCGUGACUCCUGUCGACCCUGAAAACGCGGCCGGCAAGCGGAGCGAAUUCGAACCAAUCCAAGGUGGCGACGUCGGAAACCUCCCGCCCGCCCCGGCUGCUGCGGCGUCCACGGAGCCUGCAAGCGCGGUCCCCGCGCGACUUCUGAAAGCUGAAGGCGAUGGAGAGGGUGGAGAUGACAGCGGGGAUGUGUCCAUGGCGGAGGGCGCGGACGCGGCGGACGAGGAGGCCGAGUCCGCAGAAGAGAACGACGACGAGGAUCCGGCCCAGCUCGAGGCUACGCGACUACGGCUUGAGGAACAAGCUCGCAAGUACCUUGCCGCUCAGACACACGAAGUCAUCAUACCUUCGUAUGCCGCGUGGUUUGAUAUGUCCAAAAUCCAUCCCGUCGAACGGAGGGCGUUGCCCGAGUUCUUCAACUCGCGACACAGAUCGAAGACCCCCGCAAUUUACAAAGACUACCGCGACUUCAUGAUCAACACAUAUCGUCUGAGGCCGUCGGAGUACCUCACUGUCACCGCAUGCAGACGGAAUCUGGCCGGAGAUGUCUGCGCAAUCAUGCGCGUACACGCGUUCCUCGAGCAAUGGGGACUCAUAAAUUAUCAGAUCGAUCCCGACCAACGACCUGCCGCCCUCGCACCCCCUUUCACUGGUCAUUUCCGCGUCAUCCUCGACACUCCUCGCGGUCUCCAAUCCCUUCACCCCGGAACUCGACCAAAACCCGAAGGUCAAGCUGCUACCGGUGUCAACGGCUCCGCGAAGGCCGGUUCCAUUCCUACACCCGCCUCUCUCGAGCUCCGAUCGUCCAUAUAUCAAACAUCCGCCAAGUCAUCGCGCCCUAUCCCGGCCGAGGAGGCGGCCAAGCUCGCUAACGGCGCGUCUGCGCCCAACGGGAUCUCUGGAGACAACCCGACAACCAUCAAGUAUCAGUGCGACACGUGCGGUGUUGACUGCACGCCAGUUCGGUAUCACUCGCUCAAAGUCAAGAACUUCGAGCUGUGCCCCCCGUGUUACCUCGAUGGUCGCUUCCCCUCGAACAUGUUCAGCGGCGACUUCGUCAAGCUCACGUCGGCAAGUGGCGCCAAUGGCGUGCAUCAGGUUGCUGGAGGCGGCGUGGACGAUGACUGGACAGACCAGGAGAUACUGCUAUUGCUGGAGGGUGUGGAGCUGUACGACGACGACUGGUCAGCAAUUGAAGAGCACGUCGGCACGCGGUCCGCUCAGCAGUGCAUUCGCAAGUUCCUCCAACUCCCCAUUGAAGAUCCCUACGUCGCCGCGGAGGGCGACAUGGGACCACUCCGCUUCGCGCGCGUGCCGUUCGAGCAAGCUGACAACCCCGUAAUGAGCGUCGUCGCCUUCCUUGCGGGUGUCGUUAGCCCAGGACUCGCCGCGGAGGCGGCGAAGACUGCGUUGCACGAGCUGACGGACGGCGAGAAGAAGGACACAGAGGAUGGGGAGAAGAAAGAGGAAGAGAGCACCGUGGAGGGCGAAGAGAAGAAGGAUAAGGAGAGGAUGCAGGAGGACCAGCCGAAGGAGGGCGCCGAGAGGCCAGAGGCUCCUGCGCCAUCGGACACGCAGCCCGACGACAUGCAAGUCGACUCUGUGGCCACGAGCGAGGCCGUCGCACAAAAGGCGACCAAGACGAUCCCGCACUCGAGGGUCGUCCGCGCCGCUGAGCUUGCGCUCAAGUCCGCGUCGAAGGCCGCUGGUGCACUCGCUGACGCGGAAGACAACCAGAUCCGGUCGACACUCGCGUCGCUCAUCAAGCUCACGCUCACGAAGCUCGAGCUGAAGACGGCGCAGUUCGAGGAGCUGGAGGAGCUGCUCGAGGAAGAGCGCAAGAGCUUGGAGACCGCUCGCGUCGCGCUCGUCAACGAGCGGAUCAACUUGAGGCGCAUGCUCGACCACGUCAAGUCCGAGCUCGCGAAGCAUAGCCAGAAUCCCGGUCCUGGACUUGCUGCCGCCGCGGGCCAAGCGCAAGCUGUACUCGCCAACAGCACGCAAGGAACGCGCGUCACUGAGGUGCAAGGAGGUGCGCCGAUGGAGGGAGGAUUGGGGCCUGUGGGUGAAGGGGCAAAUGUGGCUGCGCUGGGCUGAGCAGCGAACGGUGGUGCGCUAUCCAUGUCUACCUACGAUGACUUAUUUUCCGUCUCCUCGCUGUCUGAUGUCCGUAUUGCUAGUGACCCUUAUUUGUAAAUCCUUGCUUGUCAGAUUAUCCAUAAUGUUGUGUAGCGGCGUCCCAGGAAAUCCUGUGACAGGGUUAUGCUUUCAGAUACGUUUCCGUAAGGGAACACGCAGAAUUGACACACCUUGAAUUCGGC